AUACGAGAAGAACAUCGCCCAAUGCCAUCAUAACGUUUCAAACUGGCAAGUAGAAAGCUACGUUCGAGAAACGCGAUUUUAUCCUUGGAUAUUUCACAUUAUUAUCUUCUAAUCUAAAUUUAUUUUUUCUCAUUCUCUCCUUUCUCAAUUGCAUCAUGAUUAAAUACGUAGUACUUAUAAGUACAAUGGCAUAUUUGGCUUAUUCCCAAAGGCCACCAUACGCAGGUUCUGGUAACCGUUAUCCCGUAGUAUUUCCUCAAUACAUAGAAACAGUCGCAGCAGCAGCACCAGAAGCAACAGGCAGUGUUGGAAAUCGAAUUGACGUUGAAAAUGGAAGUUCUACGACGAUUAGAGUGCCAAUAAAUUUACCAGUCGAUGCUUUGGGUGACAUCGAUCUUAUUAAUAGAAUUAAAACCUGGCCUAGAGAGAAACAACCAUUUUGGUUUAUCAACUGGCAACAAAUUCAAGCGCAUCGAGGUGACCCAAGUAGCGUCGCUCAAGUAACUCAGAAAUCAGAACAACAACAACAACAACAACAACAACAACAACAACAACAACAGCAACAAGGCAGAUCAUUUUAUACUUAAAAUGAGAUUAGACUGUGGUUUCCUUAGUAUAUAUAUAUAUAUAUAUAUAUAUAUAUAUAUAUAUAUAUAUAUAUAUAUACUUACGAAUCUGGUUCUAUGCUAGUCAAACUUUAAUGUAUUUUUUUGUUCUCUUUUUUCGAAAAAGUACUAUCUCAUAUUUGAUCAAUAGAUUCAUGGAGAAUUUAUCA